UUACAGUAAAUACUUCUUAUAUUUGGUGCUAAAAUAGUAAUAUCAGAUUGUUUGAUUUUUAUAUGUUGUAGAACAUCUUCUUUAUUGCAUUCUACGGAUUGUACCACAAGUAAUUCGUCAAUUUGGUUAAGAGUAGAAAGAGUGUCAUUCAUUUUGGAUAUGUUUAAAUUCAGUUGUGGUAGCAUUUAAUGAUGAGUAUAAGUAUUUUAUCGGGUCUAUAAUUGGUCUAUGAGAUAACUUAUAAUUCAUGAUUCGUUUGAUAUAAUGUAUAUGGGGUUUUAUGUUAUUUUUAUGUAAGAUUUUAGUUUCAUGUGUAUAUUUUUAUGUUACAAUAAAUAGUUACGUGGAGUAUGUGUGUGUUGUACGCGUAAAGCGAGAACAAAAAAGUAAUCCAAUCAUAAACAGCCAAAGAUGCAAUAUAGUAAUAAUAACAAGAUAUACCUAGAUUUAUAGCUAGUCACGAUUCUUGAAGAAGUCUCUGCACCUGCGCCUCACUUGUGAUGUUAAUUAUAGGUGCGGAUUUAGUUUUUCUAACAAAAACUCUGCCAAAAGAAGUCCAACAGAACUCAUAUCCUUUUGAGCUUGCCAAAUCUCUUGAUAAAAAUCGUAGUCGAGCUGCUUUAACUGUUAAGUUCUCCGUUAUGUAUAUUGGGGUCUCCAGUAUGUUAUGUCGGAGUAAGCCGAGAUGCUUGGCGCGUAAUUUGUUGCUAGAGUUUGUCUGGUUGUACUCUUUGCAUUUCCCUAAAAUAUCAUUUUUCUGUAUAGCCGAUACCAUUUCCACUAUAAUGGGAGGGUUUUGCUUGUCAUUCGGUCGGCUACAUACCCUGUGUAUGUCCGAGAUGUCCGAGGGAGAUAAAGGGAGCCCUAUGGUCUCUGACAACUUAGUAACCAUGUUAACUAGGUCUCCUCUAGUCUCUUUCUCAAGUUUUGGGACAUUUUUAAUUUCAAUGUUUUUCUUUCGGCUGUCGCGCGACAUGUCCUCUAAUCUAUUUUCGACUUGCGCCGUUUCGCGUAUGAAAGGCAUACGAAACAACUGCAAUCGUUGCUCAGUGAUAAAUAAUAAAUUUCUUCAAUGCGCAUACCUACAAUGCAACAUGUGAUUCGGUUAUUAGAGAAGCUUAUAGGUGCAUUAGUCUGUGAGAGUCGCGUCGCCGGUCGUCGGCGAGGAAGCGGCGCUGCGUAGAGCGGGUGAUCCGGCGACCAGUGGCCGCGCGGCGCGAGUCGCGGGCGACAGCGGGCGGUGGCGCGCGGCUGACCGCCCAACGGCUGCGCUCCUGUGCUCCCGCGGUCUCACGACCCAGUGCAUUCUGUCGCGGACGCAGCUAGGGCACACUCGGCUACGACUGUCGUUGUCGCGGUCCUAUCGCUACUUUACGACGUAUUCCCGCCAAAUAUUUUAAUAUACGUAUAAUAAAUACAUCUUCGCGUUUCAUGGCAUAAGUGCACUUUUUUGUUUUGUAAUGCGUUGUUUUAAUGUGUUUUUGAUUCUUUUGUUUAUGUUUUUACCGAAAUCGACGGAGGCGAUUCGAUGGCUGGCGCUGCACGAGAGCGAAGGCAACUGGACGGAGGUUGACUGUGCGACGGCGAGGCGCGAUGGAGCGCUGUGGGCCGGCCAGGCUCGCGCCUGCCGACGGCAGCCCGGGGCGAUGGCGCACGUGGCGGCGGCCGCGCGGCUGACGCGCGCCGCCUGUCUUGCCGCACACGCCGGCGACCGCUGGAACUGCUCUUCUAUCGAGCGCGCGCCCAACUACUCGCCGGACCUGCUCACCGGUACCCGCGAGCAAGCGUACGUGUAUGCGAUGUCUGCAGCGGCGCUGGCGUGGUCGGUAGCGCGCGCCUGUGCGGCGGGAGCGCUGCCGGCGUGCUCGUGCGCUGCGCCCCCGCGCGCGCCGCCCCGCCCGCCACGCCAGGCGCACGUCACGCCCGCCGAGCCGCACGCGAGAUUCAAGUGGGGCGGCUGCGGGGACAACUUUCAGUGGGCUGAGAGAUUUUCCAAGCAAUUCAUAGACAUGCACGAGAUUGACGUACGCGAUGGUAAAUUGGAGGAGUUGAUCGAAGUGGAGACGACUACCACCGAACUACCGACCACGUUAGAACCGACCACGCCGGCGCCCGUGGUGAUCCUCGUGGACGAUCAGCCAGCGCCAGCGCCCGACAACGCCAGCGUAACGGCACGCCCGCGGAAGAAGGGACGCCGCGGGCGCAAGCGGUUGCCGCGCUCGCUCCGCCGAGGCAGGCCCACGAGGAAACGGUUCAGACCAAGAUACGACUUUGAGGACCAGAGUUCCAGAUACCGCAACUUGGAGUACCGCAUGGCCGCCGACGACCCCCGAUUCGAUCCGCAGGUGGACUUGCGCACGAGACUGCAGCGCCUGCGCCCGUUCAUCGCCUCCGCCAAUCUCAUCAACGUUCGUUUUGGCAGAAAGGCAGUAUCAUUAGCGAUGCGCACUAAGUGCACAUGCCACGGCGUGUCGGGGUCGUGCUCGGUGCGCACGUGCUGGCGCGCAUUGCCACCGCUGGCGCGCGUGGCGACCGCGCUCGCGGGCGAGGCGGCGCGCGCCGGCCCGCUGCGUCCGCGCCGCCGUGCGCGCCGCGCCAAGCCGCGGCUCCGCUACGUCACGCCCAGCCCGGACUACUGCGAGCCCGAUCCUGCAGCCGGCUCACUUGGCACACACGGAAGACGUUGCAACGCGAGUGCGGGCAACGCCGCAGGGGGCUGCGGGCGACUGUGCUGCGGUCGCGGGCGACGGGCCGUGCGCUCCACCCGACUCGAGCGCUGCCACUGCCGCUACCACUGGUGCUGCCGCGUCGACUGCCAGCUCUGCCGCAUCACCUCGGAGGAUCACUAUUGCAAUUAAAGACCUAUAUCAUUCCCAUUAGCAGACGUAGCAUAAGCAAUUAAGUAUUGCCUUAUUUAUUUAUCCUUGUCUAUAUCUGGUUUCAUUGGCAAUUACAUCCUAUAUACCUACUGGAACUACAACUAUGCUCUGUAAAUCCUUGCAUACUUUUACGACAUAGUGCUUUUUGUAAUAAUAACAGAUUCAGUCCAAAGAGGUACUAUAUGCUUCAGAGGUGGAUGUGAAAAUUGCAUACGACACGAGUUCGCUCAGUGGCUGCUAUCCACCACUGGGUAAAAAGCGGCGUACACCUCUCGACACCGCUCACACCGGUGUUGCUCCUGGUCGUCUUCACGACGGCAUUUCAGGGGCCCAUCCCAUCUAAUGGGCGGCAACUCCGGCAAGUCCGCCUGCCUCGAUAACUAGUGAACUUGUUAUGGCAGGUGCCUGGACGUCUUUGCAAUAACCCAGUCUCAUUGUCCACCCAUAAUUAUUCAAUCCAUAGACCUAUGUACUGUUCACUUUUUCUACAAUAGUGCCAAUACCUACUGCGACCGGUUCAUGGAUGCCUAUUGUAGCGCCUGUGAACGGGUUCCAGCAGGCGUUCUACAUGACAUUGUAGCUCUCCAAAGGGCCUCUACGUGUUGGCUCUAUAUCCCCACGAAAGCCUAUCAAAAGACCGGGAUUUAUAGGCCCGUGAAAUCCAAGGAGAAACAGAUUCAAAAACUUACCAAUAUACCUAAAGAAGCAUGCGAGUAAAUGCGAAUGUGUCAAAGGUUGCUUCAGGCAAAUAAUCAAACUAAUAGAGAUUAUCUGUUUGGAUAGGUGUGUUUUGUGAAAUAAUUUGCAUUGUAAACCAAAGAAUUCCCAGUACAGAUAAUUCGAUAUUUUUAAAUGUUAGCUAGUCAUGUUUCAGAAUGUUUGUUAUUUACAUCGUAGCAAGUAAGUACCUUUUUAAAGUAAGAUGAGUAGAAAGUAGCUAUUUUAUACUUUAAUGUAUCUAUAAUAUAAUAAGAUAUGAUAGCCCUAUAGACUAUACGAGUAGUAGCGUGAAAGACGUAGCAACACCUUAAAUAGAUGCAAAGUAUUUGCCGUACUUAGAAUUAAAAGAUAGUUUUGAUGUAAGUAAAUUAACUUCGAAAUAUUCUGUAGUAUUAGGCUAGACAAUAGAUAUAUAUCGACAAUAAAGAAUUGUUAGUGUUGUACUAGUAUUAACUUAUGCUAUAAAUAUGGCUUUUACGGUCAUUAUAAAACAGUUAUCAACUUUUAUUCAAUUUAAAAUCCAUCAACGCUUUAUAGCUUUCAAACCAGGUUGCCUAGCCAAGAUGCCAAUCGUUUGCGCUACCACAACGAAGUCCGUAUCGCACUAAUAUGUAAGAGUUGUAGGCAGACAGAAAACGUUUCGUUGUCGUAGUGCAAACGAUUGGCAUUUUGGCUAGGCAAUCUGGUCUCCUAUUGUCGUUCAUGUUCAUAACCAAAUAAAAAUAUAAAUGACUAGCAGCAAGGUAACAAGAAAGUAAUCGUAGAAAACUAAUACGUGUCCGUGUCCGUGUCCGUGGUCUAUGUACGAGAGCUGGUCCAAAAGUUGUAAGUUGCUCCAGCUGCAUGCAAUUACAUUAUUAUUUAUACCAUUGUGAGGGAUGUUUCAAUGCUAAUUACGGCUUUGAACUUUUUUAAACUUGUGCGAAUAGUUUUUUUAUUGUUCGUUUUCUAAUGAAAGCUGUUUUAUAAGGAGUUAGAAAUUGCUUCGAAAAACGGCAAUUAUUGUCACAUUUAAAUGAAUUUUGUAUUGAAAUCUUUGAAAACUGAACUUAAUCUCCCGGGUAUUAUUAUUCGGUUCCUUCUGCAAUUAGGCAAUUACCAAUGUUUUCUACUUUUGGUGAUACCUAUGACUCAAUGGCUGACAUCUAUUAAGUCAUAAUCAUUUUUACUCAAUCAAAACGAUUUAUUAGUACGUAACCGUUGCGUUAUAAUUAUGCGGUUGUAGCGUUCCACUAGGUUUACUUGCGGUGUGUAUCUAGGACUAUAAAACACGUUAGGGACAUUAUAAGACUUAGACAAGUUGUCCAUUACUUGCCCAGUAAAUUGCGUGCCAUUGUCCAUUAACACCGUCUGCAGAACACCAUGCCCGAGAAAUACUGAUUCUUCUAAAAUUUUAACUAUUACAACCGCAGUAGCCUGUUUAAUUGAAAAAAUUAAGCAAUACUUGGAGAAGCAACAUGUAACGACUAACACGAGUAUGUAGCUGUUCCUUCCCCUAGUUGUUGGCAAUGGAUCCAUCAAAUCGAUCGAAAUCAUCUGAAAUGGAUGUGAGCAUUGCUUUGGCCUCCCCAUUUCCCCUAAGGUUUGAUGGUUCUGAGCCUUAUACGACAAACACUUAUCGGACGUUCCGAUGAAUUUUACGAAAUCCUGAUACAUUCCUGGCCAGUAAUACCAUAAGGUAAGUUUACGGUAUGUUUUAAAUAUGCCCAUAUGACCUGCAGUAGGCUCUGAGUGAUCUUUCAUGAAUUGCCUUUUCGCGUAACUCUGAAGAAACGACUAAUUUCCAAGAAAACUUAGAAGUGAGUUCAUGCUUGUUUCUAGUUAAACGGUACAAGGAGUCAUUUUUAAUGAUAACUGGGAUAAUCUACGGGAUUAUGCAAACAACCGUUAAAAAUAUUAGUAUACCAAUUAUCUUUAGACCCUAUGUAUGGUAUGUAUGUUGUUUAUGGUAUUAAUAAUAUACGUAACGAUUUAUAAAACGGUCAAUAUUCGCAAUUAGCAGCAUCUAAAAUUAUAAUAUUGUUUAAAUCAAAUACUUACUGUUUGUAAAAAAAUAGCACAUAUGGAGUCUCAAUUCUUCUCAAUAGGCUUCGCUACAACGAAGUAAAUAAAAAAAUAUUUGAAACAAACUGUUCUCCAAUAAGUAGUACAUUACGAUACAAGUGCGAAAAAUAGGAAAUUCGAAACGAGUGGCGAUAAAUUAAAACACGAUCGAAGGGAGUGUUUUAAAUCGACACGAGUUGCGAAUUACCUAUUCGCACAUGUAUCGUACAACGUUUUACAGUACAUAUUGCUCUGUAAAUGUUCGACACAGUAAUGUAAUAUGCUAAUAUUCGCACUAGUGCGGUAAAGUAGCACCAUAUGUACUGUAAAAUAAAUUUACAGCACGUCAAUAAGUACUGAAAGAUCCCUCACAAUGGUAUACUUAAAUAAUGCUGAAAUCGUAUGAGUCGAGCCGGAGCACCUAACUUUCGGACCAACCCUCUAAUCUACAGGUACAUAAGUAUAGCGCUGCCCUGGACUUUCAAGUAAUAAAUAUGUACAAUAGUAUAGUAAUUACACUCCUUUGUCAUUUUAUAUUCGUUAUUAGUCCGAUUAUUAAGAAAAUACAACUUAAGAACUUUGAAAUCAUAUUCUAUGAAUUUACGGCAAGUAAACAAGCAUAUGUGGCAUAGUAUGCGAAACACAAACAGAAUAGGGAUGAAAAAAGGAUUCAGAACGAUGUUAUUAUUCUUAUUAGCUUAUUGACUCAUGUUUGCUUUCUAUCAUAUCUUAAGCGUAAUUACUCGUAAUAUGUGAUAGAUGUAAAUUUCGGCGUUAAUCAUAAUCUUCACCCAAAAAAAAAUGUCACACUUCCAAUCUGAUGUUGUAAAUAAAGUUCGUACUUAGAA